AUCUUUUCCCCUAGAACUGGUCUGGGAUGAAGUGUCAGUUCAAGCUCCUCCGGAUGUCCUUUGCCUUAAUAUGCAUGAGUUUGGAGUUUGGCAGAGCCGUGUGGCUGAGAUUCUACCCGUCGGCGUAUCCUCCGUGUCCUCACCCCAGCUUUGUGGCGCACCUGGGCGGGGUGCUGGUGGGCAUUACAUUUGGAGUGGUCAUUCUCAGGAACUUUGAGCAGAGACUCCAGGACCAGUCACUCUGGUGGAUCUUCCUGAGCAGCUAUGUGUUUUUUGUGGCAUUUGCCGUAUUGUGGAAUGUCUUCGCCUUCUCCAUGCCGGGCCUGAGAUUACCACCGCUGCCUUAGGAGCCGAGGACCAGCUGCACCCCCGACCGAUCGG